UGUUGCAGGACGGGGCUCGUGAGCAUGACAUCAUAGUAACAGCUGCCGUAUUGCACGCAGAAGGAAUCGAACGCUGUAUUAUAAUGACAUCACUUGUCAUGGUGGAUAACGUGUGAACACAGGCGGUAAUUGUUACAGAUGAUCAUUAGAUUUUCCUGUCAUGGCAGAAGAUAAAUGCACACCGGAAAACAAACCCCUGUUAACAAACGAACACAGCGAUUAUUGUGAGGUUUCGGAUGAAGGCAUCAAAGAUGUCGUACCAGAAGACACAUCUACACCUACAGAAAACACAUGUUCACUGACAGGAGACGAUUCUUUGCCGACAAAAGAAACAUAUUCACCAACAGGAGACGAGUAUGAAGAAUUCUGUAAGAUCAGAGAAGAAACAAUCCGUCUAUUAUACGACACUGCCGAAGAAUUGGACAAACUAGCGAGAGAUGUUCGGAUAAGUAACAUCGCCGGAUCCACUGGUGGAAUUGUUUCAGCUGGCAUGAUUGUUGGGGGCGUUGUGGGUUCGUUCUUCACAUUUGGUGCUGCUCUCCCUCUGGCUAUAGCUGGUGCCGGUCUGGGAGUUGCAUCCGCAGCAACGUCUGUCGGAGCUUCCUUGGCAGAUGCGUUCAUCAGUAAAAAAAGACAAACUUUAAUCAAUGAAGCGUUGGAAAAGGACAAUAAAUCUCUGGAAAAACUUUUUAAUAUGACUCUUCAAUUAAAAUUGCAAUCUGCCCAAUUAGAAAAUCCUGAACGUAUCGUCCAUGGUGCUGCGGUGGUAGGAAGGGCAACUGUGGUAGCCUCGGACACAUCUCGAGUAGCAGUUUGUAUUAUGCGUGGAGCCAGUAAAGCCGCUGCUGUCGGUGGUUUAGUGGUAUCUAUAGUAACCCUGCCGAUAGAUGUCGCCGUGUUGGUCCAGAACUCUAAAGCAAUUCACGAAGACAAACCUCACCAACUAGCAGAACAUUUUCGAGCUGUAGCCGAAGAACUAACAGAUAAUUUAAGGGAUGAAAUCAUGCCGUGUUUAUUUGAUAAAUCAGAAUAUUUUUUGGAAAAUGAUCCGGCGCUUUAUUGAACCUCUGAAAUGGUGACCUGUUAGCCCCGACAAGAAUCUGUUUGCUACUCCAUUUCACGUUUCGGAUACAGCUUGUCUCCCCGCGUGGUGUGAUUUAACAAAAUCGUCGCAAAAUUUCAACCCUUGUGCCCAAGAGAAUAACUCGCGGAACCUGGUGGUUGGGCUGAACGACACAGCCGAUAUAAAAUACUAAAUUAAAUGUAGUAUGAUGAUUUAACAAAACAAAAUAUACCGUAAGGGUUCAUCGAAAAACUUGAACAGGUGCGUCCAAACGAAUUACGCGCGGAACAGGGCCACCGUGGCUCCCUGGAUGGGUUGAACGACACCGCGAAUAAAUCUUGAAUCAUGUGGGCAGGUUGAUGGGUGGAUGGGCUGAUGGAUGAGUAGAUGGAUGAACAGGUGGAGAUCUAUCCGCGAGUUAUUCGUUUAGACGCAAGUGUUGAAAUUUUGCGACGGUCCCGAACUUUUACCUGUAAUAAAACAUUAGUCAAAUUCUUUAAAGAUACAUUAUGGGAGAUUAGAUAAAGAGAAGGCAGUUCUCAUUAUAAUAGUUAAAAACUAGAUAAUGUAAAGGCAAUUUGCAGAAAAUUACAGUCAAAUUUAUCCACUCUGAACCAAGAUUUUAGCGAUUGAAUUUUCGGCUUAGCCUCGAUCAUCAUUACUAAAGUCGGUACGAUAAAAAACAUAGUCUUCAUUAUCCAUUUCAUGAUUAAAUCAAGAAUGAAAGUGGAGCAACAAAUGGUAUCCUAAUCCAGUAAACAUCUCUGGCUAGCGUUGACAUCGAAAGUUGAUUAUGGUCUGGAUAAGUUAAUUAAUGUCUAGUUAAUAAUUUAGAUAACAUUUAUUCAAGUGAAGCAACGCUAGGGACUGUACCUAGCAAAAUAACUAUAACAUUGUAUUUGUAUUAUAGAAAAGUAUAUUCUGUAUUUUAACACUGUGACAUUGGUAUUGUUAAGACAUGGCAAUUGCAAAUUGUAAAACUAAAAUGACAUAUAUGCAGUUUGCAUCUCUUUUUGGCUGUCGCUUCCUUCUCGCCUAUGAUUUUUAUGUCUGUGUAGUCGCAUCCCUUCCAAUGCUUUAAUUAAAAUCCUGUCUACACCACGGCUUACUUCUAUUUAUAGAUGUCUAUACCAGGGCUUACUUCUAUUUAUAGAUGUCUACACCAGGGCUUACUUCUAUUUAUAUAUGUCUACACCACGGCUUACUUCUAUUUAUAGAUGUCUACACCACGGAUAACUUCUAUUUAUAGAUGUCUACACCACUACAUACUUCUAUUUAUAGAUGUCUACACCACCACAUACUUCUAUUUAUAGAUGUCUACACCACCACAUACUUCUAUUUAUAGCUGUCUACACCACCACAUACUUCUAUUUAUAGAUGUCUACACCACCACAUACUUCUAUUUAUAGAUGUCUACACCACCCCUUACUUCUAUUUAUAGAUGUCUAGACCACUGCUUACUUCUAUUUAUAGAUGUCUACACAACUGCUUACUUCUAUUUAUAGCUGUCUACACCACCCCUUACUUCUAUUUAUAGAUGUCUACACCAUCUCUUCCUUCUAUUUAUAGAUGUCUACACCAUCUCUUCCUUCUAUUUAUAGAUGUCUACACCCCCCUUACUUCUAUUUAUAGAUGUCUACACUACCACUUACUUCUAUAUAUAGAUGUCUACACCACCGCUUACUUCUAUUUAUAGAUUACAACACCUGACCUGAUUAUAUAAAUUUCUAUUAAUAUGUGGCCCCUAUAUGGUGUUGUUAUUUGUAUAUUUCAGGUAUAUUUUUUAUUAUUAAUAUAUUUUUUUAAAUUGUUUUGCAUGGUUAUGGUCGUGAUAUUUUUUUUUAUAAAUCUACAAUUGUUUAUUUCUUAUCAUUAAAACGUUUUAAAUUCAUGUUUUGUGGGACUUAUUCAUCCCUUCAAAUAAAGUACUUGCUAGGCUAGGGUCCAUAGAUUUAUCCAGAACAACCCAACCCUACCCAAAACAACAUGUAUUUUGAAUAAAACAACAUA